UUAUGUAAACAAGAAGGAUCAAGAAUAAAAUUCAGGAGGCUACGAGACAUUUUAUGGAGAAACAGAAGAAGGAUAAGAAGAAGGACCACAAUACAAAGCCACCAAUGAGAACUAAGAAAGUGCCCAAUGCAAAGUCAAGGACUUCUAAACUAAUCAUGAAAUCAAAGAUAAAGGACCUUAGGAAGAACAAAGCUCAAAAACUUAACCCAUUCAAUGAGAGAGAUGUCCCUGAUAAUAGCAAUAAUUUGCUAGAUUUGGAUGAUAAUUCAGACCUAGAAGAGUAUCUGGAAGGGUCAUAUACUCAAAAACAUGGCCAUAAAACAAGACAUAAAGAAAGCAAUUUUUGUGAAGAUAUCAAGGAAACAGAAGAAGAUCCAUCUCUUUUUGACACAUCAAUGAUAGCUGGCACGAGGAUUGACCCAAACAAUGGAGCAGCAGCAGUCUCUAAAUUAGGCCAGACAAUAAUCAGAAGUCCAAAGAAUAAACUUAAAAGAUUUGAAAGUAGACUACAGGAAGAGAACAAACAGUAUGAGGAGUCUAAACAAGACAAUGCAUAUCUAAAUUCAGACUUGAAGCAGAAGCAUAACAUAUUGGCUCGUAGCAAGAAUGCAGAUGUUAGCCCUAUUAUGGCAGGAGAAGGUAAGAAAAGAAAAAUCAGCGUUAUGGAUGAGAUGUUCAAUACUUCUGGGAUUUUCUCAAAGAGAACAAUUCGCCAAUAUCGGAAAAAGAGCAAAUUUUGGGGCCCAGAUGAGUUAAUCGAAUUAAUGGGAUCAGUAGCUAAGAAUAAAGAUUAAUGAAAGUUAAGCGCAUUCAUUUUUA